CGGAUCCGAUGUUAUUUCGUGGUUCAGCGACUUUUACACCAGUGUUACCCGGCUUGACUUUGUCAAUACAAUAUGGAUGACUGAGAUAAAAUGACAACAACAGAGAAUGAGUACUUCUUACGAAUAACGUACCUACUUCUCAAAGGCGGCACUUUUAUUCUAGGAAAAGUUCUUCAUCGAGAGGUACAAAAGAAUGGAGGUGAUAUUGAUGUUUCACUGCAGGCAUUUAGAAAGAAGCUUCACCACGAGCUGCACAAGAAACAGUUUGACAAGGUCUUUGCAUCUGGCGGAACAAACAUACAAGUAUGGGACAUAGCGAUAUAUAUCAAUGUUCUGACAAUUGUAUUUAGAAAUACCCUGACAGAUGCUGAACGCCGUUCUAUCAGAUCUAUGCUGCAUCUUAGAAACGAAACGUAUGCACAUAUUCCAAAUGCGUUGCUUCCUUAUGAGAAAUAUGAAGACUGUCGAGAAGAAUUGGAGGAUGCAAUUAACGAGUUAUCUUCUUCUCUUGACGCUACAGUUCAGAGCGCAUGCACAUCAAUCAUAAAAGAAUGCAUUUACCAGCCACUGGACACAAAAAAUCCUAUUGAAAAUUUGAAACAAUUUAAUGAUGACCUUGCUCGCCUUGUCAUUGGAAAGAUAGAUUCUAGCCAAAAACAGUUAAGCAGUGAACUUGCUUCUACUGAGAGAAAGUUGGAAGGUGAAAUUUCGGCGGCAAAAGAUGAAAUAAUACAACAUACCGAUGAUUUGCAAGAAAAGGUAAUUGAUGCGAUCAAACGAGCCAUUAAUGGAAAACGUACCAUGAAAACUGUUAAAGUUGUAGAUACAGAACUAACUUUGAACGGAGACGAGGAAAACUGGGUCAAAUUAGCAGAAAGGAUUAUUUUAAGGGUGACUGACGAAGCUAUCCGAAAAACAGGGGGCGCCACCGAAUUCGUAUUGAUUGAAAAUGCUGUACAAGAACUGUUAGAUGAAAUAAAUAGCAAUGAAGAUACGGAGGUUCAGGGGGUUCACGAGGGAAGCAUUCAUUUAAGAAUUAGAUGCACCACAUAUGAGGCAUUACUAGAUCUACUGAUGUACAUGGACAGUCCAAGUUUGCAGCAGAGACUUGAUGCACUAUCAUUUGCAGUAACAGAGAUAUUCAAUCUUCAACAACCAAUAAAAGUUUCAGCAAAAUUAUCAUACGGUCACAUUUUGCAGAGUAUCUCUGAUGACCUAGAAGACACGAAAGUUGCAAAGAGAACUGUUCGAUUGCCAAUACGUUGUACAUCGUAUAAAGGCCUUGAACAUGUCUGGAACUUAUUUGCAAACGGGGAAGCUUCGAAUAAAAUGAAUAAGAUAUCAGAAACGAUUUCGCGCCACUUAGGAACGAAGAUAACCAUUAAGGCUUCGAUAGAUGUUAAACAGUUUGAAAGAGUUCUCGAAGAGGAAGAACCUUUGCUUGAUGAGAAAGAGGUUUCGUCCAGUAGUGCCACAGAAUCUGAUUGGUCCUGGGACGAAGAAUGGGAUAACACAGACAUUCGUACAAUACGAAAGGGAAUUCCAACACCUUUGACACGACACAAUAUGGAACAGGAGAAUACAGAAAUAUUGCGACAGAUGUCAGAUAUCUGUAUGUUCAGUGAUCCUAAAGCUCCAGAUGUCAUUUUAGUGAUAGGUGACAGCAGAUCAGGGAAAAGCUCCUUCAUCUAUACCCUGCAAGCAAGUUUAACUGGAGCAAUACACCAGUUUGCAUCGGUUAAGACUGCAAGACCAGAUUCAUACAAAAUCACAUGGUACAAACAUUUAGGAGUGAGCCUGACAGACGUACCACUGAAAUACAGCGACAACUGGGAAGCAUUAAAGAAUAUAAGACCCCAUUUGCCACAUGUUGUUGAAUGUACAGGGCUUGAAAAUCUUGACAAAGCCACUCAGCAAGAUAUUCUCGACCGUUUCAUUGCAGGAUAUGUUUCACCCGGUACCAACGUAGAAACGCUAGAACGUCAGCGACUUUCUUGGUUAAGGGAGGUCCACGGGCUGAUUGGUUUAUUUACAGGAAAAUGGCGUGUGUCUAAAGUCGUAUUUGUGCAGAAUGUACUUGACGGUUUAAACAACGAUCUGUUCAUAUCUGCAGUUCGGGCAUUGACCAAAGGGGAUUGGAUUAACUGGAACACUGAUCACAGGCUUGAAAGAGAUUUGAUAUUCCUCCUGACAAACUGUGACAGGGAGAAAGAUCCACAUCAGCUAGGGGAGAAAAAACGGAGGUCAGAUGAAACUGCCGCUCUCAUUCAAACAGGCCUAAAGUCUCUUGGUCACGGCUCCAAAAAUUUUAUGACGACUCGUUGGGCCAAUCUUAACGCUGACAACAGAUUCCAAGAUCCUCAAAUAAGGAAUCAGUCAUUGAAAUGGAUAAACAGUAUGAUCUCAAUCUCACCGGAUGAUUACAAACAUGCAAUAUUGCUACAGAUUCUACUUUUCCUUCUUGUAAUCGCUGGAGUCUUUUUAAUUGUAGCAAUACACGUGAAUGACAUGCCAAAGAAACUAGUGCUUUUCACCGACGUGGUUUUAAUUAUAGGAGUUUUCGCAUGGGCCAAUAGAGCAUACAACCGUUUGAAGAAAAUUAAGCUGGAUUAGGCGAAAAAAAGCGUUUUAAAGGUAGUGGUCCAAAAAAGACUGUCGGAAAUUAUAGAUUCGGCAUUUCUGUUUUUACGGAGAGUUAUAGAUGUGUUUGUAUUUAGAUUUAUAGUCGCCACAGGUAACUCAUACGGGCGACUUAUUAAUUGUGAAAAAUCUAAAAUUGUUAUGAAAACUGAACAUGUUUCCAUUGUAAAAAUAUAGCGGAGGGUGAGAUACACGUACUUUUUCAUUGUCCUUUAUGUGUUAAUAUCAGACGAAAGAUCUAUUGGAUACUGUAUUGCAUUCUAAUAUGCUUGUCUCUGUUAAAACACGUUUACGCUAGAAUGACGCCAGGUAAACGUGCGGUGACGUCAAAGUUUUUGUUGCGACCAAGAAAGAGCGCUGAUAUAUCUAUCUACUGUUUUAGAUUAUAGGCAUAUUAGAAUUCAAAUAAUCUAUUUUAACACUAUAAACUCGGGCGGUAAUACGUCGUACAAAUAAUUAUUACGCCCGAAGUGUAACCGCCCGUCGUGCAUAAAUAUUGUGUUAAAGCACUCUCGCUAUUAAUUAUCCUAUUACUUAAAUAAAUGUACAAUUGUAUAAAAGUUUUAGACCUAUGUUUGAGGCCUUCAUGAAAGAAGGACAUUUUUAUAUUUGAAAUGAGUUUUAUACACUGGUGUAUAUAUAGUACAUUUGUAUACAGGUAAUAGUUUUAGACCUAUGUUUUAAGGGUAGAUGUACUGAUAAUUGAGUUAUGUAUACUGCCUCUUAUAAAUCAUAUUGGUCGCAUACAUGUGAUUGUGUUUUAUAUGUAUAUUGUAUUGUAUAUGUAUUGCGAAUGAAAUUCUAAUAAAACAUUGAAUUGAA